AUGUACCUUUCCAUCAUGAACCAGAACACAAGCAACCAGAGCAAGCCCGCCUCGGCCCUGCGUUCGUCGAACCAGCAACAAGAGUCUAUGGCCCCCGCCAACAAGCAGCAGCUGCAGGAGCAGCGUUCCGAAACACCUUCUCAUGCUGGCCAGAGCAACAUCGAGGCACCGAUGAGUGGAUCCAAGAUGUGCGGCCAUGCCUUCGACUGCGACUGCUCGACAGAGUCGGCCAUUCAUGCCUCUGAGGAGCAUGCUCCCAGAACCAAGUAA